CUCCCAAAUCCGCGCCUCUCUCCCCACAUUUCUGCAAAUCGAAUUAUGUCCAAACCCUAAAACACUCUCUCUCUCGCUCACCACUCAGACUCGCUAUGCAAACUCAGCUCUACAAUACGCAACUCGCCUUCAUCGACUCCUCACCACCACCACCACCACCACCGAAUCCGAUUUACAAGAGAAGGCAUGGCACAUCCUCGCACUCCUCCUUUCAAUCGGCAACCCAACUCCAGCUCCAGACCUCGCAUCUCACUGUACUCUUUUCAAUGCUUCACCGGAUCUCAUCGAAUCUCUCUGCUCUGUCCCUAACUCACCAAUCACUUUGACAUCCAACCAUGACAAUAGUAGCGACAACUUCCUGGUCACCAUUUCUCCACUUGGUCUUUUCGCUUUGAAUCAAUUUCUAUCCAAUUUCAACUUGAUUGAAGCGUUUGCGACUCGGAUCUGGCAUGCAAUCUGCGGCCUCGAGGUUCCUUUGGAGGAUCUUGUGAGGAUGUAUUUUAGGAAACGGAAGCGAAUUGGAUUUGAUUAUGCAGAUGUGUACGAUAAGGAUCAAGAAGUUUGUCCUUUGCCGAAAAGAAUUCGAAAUGAUUGCUGGAAGCUACCUUUUCACUUAACCGGGGAUGUCAGCAGCAGCAUUAAUGUUGAGCCUAGUUACAUGCUAAUCCAGCCAAAUAAUUCUUUUCUUUCACCCGACUUUUUUGUUAAAACCUUAGCCAGCGAAUUAGGUUGUAAAUUAAGGAAUAUUGAACAUGUAGAAGAUGAGAUGAAUACAGGGGCUAUUGUGGAAAGCAAGGAGGAUAAGAGAAUGAUGGCAUGUGAGCUUGAUGAAUAUUCUGCUCUUCCCAUUGUAAUGUUGGAUAGCGAAGCUGUAUUCCAAGAGGCUAAAGUGGAUGAGAUAGAUCUUGAAAGUAGAAUAGACAUCAAUGCCACAUGUUGCUUGGCUGAUGUCAAAUGGAGCAAAACAUUUUCGUUGGAGUUUACGAGUAUUAAUGGUGCAUGUAAUGGUACAAAUGACUGUCGUAUUGAAACUGUAAGAACUGAAACCAACGAAGAACUGUUAAUUGAUUAUGGUAAAAUGGAAGGGGAAGGCAUAAACCAUUUUCAGUCAACUAACACUACUUUUAAUAUGCCACAAGAAAGCAACUUUAGAAGGAUGAAUGAGCUGAGUUCUCUGGAUAAAGAGGCAAUAACUAACCAUGUGAAAAAUCAGGCUAAGGUUUCAACUACUGAGCUUUGUGUUCCUCCAAAGAAGUUAAAAGACUCAAAACCCUCCACCAAGAUUAGGGUCACAACUGGUGUUGCUGCUUCUCCAAGACAGCAAGCUCUCUGCCAGUCCCUAGAGCAAAAGAAGGCUGUUAUCCCUCCUAAAGAGAACCAGCGCAGGAGGAAGGAUCACAUGAAAAUCAGCAUGGGGCAAAAAUCAAAGCAGACAUGCAAUGAUAUUCAUACUAAAGAAAGAAAGAAGGAUUGCGCCCUUAAUUCUCCCAAGGAUCGAGUGGGAUCCAAAGACUUUCCAUGCUUUGAUUCUUAUAUUGUUGAAGAGGAAGGAGGCUCAGGUGGUUAUGGCACUGUUUACCGGGCAACGAGGAAGCUAGAUGGUACCACAGUUGCCAUCAAAUGUCCUCAUGAGAAUGCUCAUAGACAUCAUUUUAGCAACGAACUCAGGAUGCUGGAGCGCUUCGGGGGCAAAAAUUUUGUGAUAAAAUUUGAAGGCUGUCUCAAGAACCAAAAUUCUGACUGCUUUGUUUUGGAGUAUGUUGAGCAUGACAGACCAGAGGUGUUGAAAAAGGAAAUAGAUGUUUUUCAGCUCCGGUGGUACGGGUACUGCAUGUUCAGAGCCCUUGCGAGUCUUCAUAAACAGGGAGUGGUCCACAGAGACAUAAAACCUGGCAACUUCCUUUUCUCCUGCAAAGCCAAUAAAGGUUAUCUCAUCGAUUUCAAUCUUGCCCUGGAUCUGCAUCAAAAGCUUGGAACAAUUAACAAAUCAAAGGCAGCUAAUGACGUAAGCUUCAAUAGUGUUGCAGCUUCCAAUGCCAAAUAUGUUCCUCCUUCGAAAAGUAGGAGGUUCCCAGGUAGUAAAUUCUUGGAUGCAGUUGAUCUGGAAGCGAUAAAAGACUUCAAGUCUACUUUGGAGGCCAAGAAUGUAAAAAAGAAGGCUGUUAGGAAUAUUAUGAUUAGUCAGGGAGCAGAUGGCUCUGGUAUAACCUCGGUCAAGGAUGCAACAAGUGCUAGGACUCCUUCAGCAGAAAGGAUGAAAGAGCCUCUGCCAAGCAAAGGUAGGAAGGAGCUUAUCAGCUUGUUGCAUGAAGCAAUGCAGAGUCCGAAUCAUGAAGCAUCAAGUUUUCCAGCUUCUAUGAGGAAGAGGAUAGCUGCGCCUCCUGGAAAAGUAGAUGGAAGACAUAUUUAUCUUACUCCAAUGCCUGUGCACUCAACUGGCAUACCAGUUGCUGGGAUUGGUUUAGUUAAGAACAAAUGUGGUGAUGGGAAGAACAAGAAAGAAGGCCCUUGUGUUGGAACUAAAGGUUUCCGGGCUCCAGAGGUCUUGUUCAGAUCUCUCCAUCAAGGGCCCAAGGUUGAUAUUUGGUCUGCUGGGGUCACCUUAUUAUACCUGAUAAUAGGAAAAACGCCCUUUUAUGGUGAUCCCGAACAGAAUAUAAAGGACAUAGCAAAGUUAAGAGGCAGUGAAGAUCUAUGGGAAGUCUCAAAGCUACAUAACCGAGAAUCCUCAUUCCCAGCGGACCUGUAUAAUAUGCAAUCUUUGCCACCCACGACAAUUUGGGAAUGGUGCAAGCUGAACUCAAAAAGACAAGAUUUCCUGGAUGCAGUCCCAAGCUCACUUAUUGACCUCGUGGACAAAUGUUUGACAGUGAAUCCCAGAUUGAGGAUUAGUGCAGAUGAUGCUCUAAAACACGAGUUCUUUGCUCCAUGCAAUGAGAGCCUUCGAAGGCAGAAGCUGCUCAGGCAGGGACACAGCUUGGACUCUCGAACUAAAACUCCUUCACAUGGACAAAGCAUUGCCAGACCUAUCAAGAUUUCUCAACGGCAACCUUGAUCAGCUUUAUGGACGAAAAGAAAAUAUGGCUGCCGUACUGCUCUGACGUGUCCAGAAUACCUUUUCAACUGUAGUUCCGUUCCAUGUGAAGCGAAGCGAUGCCACUUUUUUACCUGAACCAACUGGAAUAAAGAUUGUUUUCAGGUGGUGUACUAUAAUCAAUAAAUAAUAAUUGUUCUCUGAGGCUGCUUCUUUUUUGUUUUUUGGGCAAGGGCUUCCUUGUUUUCUUAACACUGUGCCUUUUUUUCCCGAUGUAAGCCGCUUAGAAGAGCUUGAGCCUUGAUAGUUUCUAUGUCAAUUGUCGCAAUCAACUACAAAUGAGACCAAUGUUUUCUGCUUGGAAACAUUAAUUGCAAUUUUUUAGAAUGGUAAAUUAUUAUUUAA